UGUGGAACUCAAUCUUUUAGCGGGCCGCGGACAAGUAACAACAGAAAUAGUGUCGAAUUCUGGUCCGAAUUCAGAAAAGUAGUUCCGUUGAAUACGAAAAAUAUCCAUCCAUAUGCUCAUGGAGAUAUUGCCGCCGUAAGAGAAAAAAAAAGGUCGUGGGUGCUGAAAGAGCGCGGGCGCAACUGGAUAAUUUCACGAAAUUUACGAAUUUACGAGUAUCUUAGCCAAGAGAGCUUUGCCUGGUCCGUGCGUAUCAGAGUGUGUGUAUGUGUAAGCUGGUUUGUGUGUGUGUGUGUGUGUGUGCCAGAAUAUUAACCGAAAGCAAGUGCAAAAGAAAAAUCAUAAACAAAACGGGCAACAAGUUUUUUUUGCGUAGAAUCGAAAUUCCAAGAAAAACAACAACAGCAGCAGCAGCAGCAGCAGCGCCGUGUUCUUUCGAAUCUCCCGUAUUGUUGCAACUCGUUUCGGUUUGUUUCGGUUGUUUUGUCACAAAGCCACAAAGCGGGUCAAAUGCAUAAAUAAACCAGGCCCGAUUUCGCUGUGAAUGAAGCGAAGCCAAAUGAAAUGCGAAAUUUGUGUUAUUAUUUGUUUGGCCUGAAGCGAAAUUAAUUACAGCCAGCAUUGUCAUUUGCAGUGCAUUGCUGUACUCGCAUCUGUAGCUGUAUCGGCAUCGGUUAAGUUUAUGUAAAACAACGUUGCGGAGUGAAGUAUCGUCGGUAUCGUCUUCUUGUUUUUUCGGCACCUACAUAUUGUCGUCCCGCUUCGACGCUUGCAUAGAGCAGCGCGUAAGCUUGGCUUAGUCAGAGAGAGAGUGAGAGCGAUCCAAGGAGAGAGUAAACAAUGACCAACUGUCUGCACUGAAUGCGUGUGCACGAACAGACCAGGCCCCUGCACUUGGCGGACACCUGAGCGGACACCCUUGGCGCAUGCACAAAUGGCAGCUAAACAGCAACGGCCAGGCGUACGAUUUCCCAAAGCAGCAGCACAGAUAAGUCGACAGCACGACUUGAAUUAUUGCACGCAACAGCAACAGCAGCAGCAGCAACUGCAACAGCAGAGAAAGGGGAGAAGCUGAGCAGCAGCAGCAGCAGCAGCAGCGGUUGGUGGUGGAGGAGGCGGAGUCGGAGUCGGAGAAGCAGCUCCAUUCUACAAGACAAUUGUGGAAAAAUUGGAAAAUCCUCACCAGCGUGUGUGUGUGUGUGUGUGUGCAAAACGAACAAUAGAAAACCAGAUAGAAAAUCAGCAAGGCAGAGAAAACAAUCAACAACAACAACAAAAGAAAAACACAACAAAACAGCAAAGCAAAAGCAGAGCAAAAACCGAAAGCCAACUAUAAUUUUGGGAUAUUUAUUUGUAUGCUUGGCUUACGAUGAAAAUUCAUCGAAGCAAUGAAUCAUUUUGCCGUUGCUGGUUGUUGUUUUUGGUGGCAUUGUUGGUGGCUGAGGCACAAGCAGCAGCAGCAGCAGCAGCAGCAACAUCGACGACAGUAAGUGAAACGCAGACGAAUGCAACAAAUGGUGCAAUUAGACAGCCAGCAGAGGGAGGCGGCCGAGAGCCCAGGCAACUACAACUGGGAGUGCAACAAAAUGUGACAGCAGCAGCAGCGGCAGCCACAGCCGCCGCCAGUGACGGGGAAAGCCGAAAUUCAGCGGAAAUUUUAAGCCCCAGCGAUGUGGAUGCUGUCGGGGAUAAGCCCACAACGUAUCGACCCUCGGGCGCCAAUCGGCCCUCACCGGCGCCGCCCCUCAACUCGGCACAGGAUCGGGAGCGCAAGCUGAUGAAUGUGCUGGCUGCGAGGCGCACGGCGCUGCAUAGAGGUGGCUUUCGCACCCGACUCGGCGGCACCACAGGGCGCAGUGGCAUGGCCCAAGCGGGAGCAGCGGCGGCUGCUGCUGCUGCUGCUGUGGAGAGCACCUCCAAGUCCCCGAGCGAUCCGCGUUCCGUGUGCAUCAGGAAUUGCACCAAGAACUUUACGCGCCGCACCACAGCCAGCUGCAUGCGGCAGUGCGCCAACUUCACUCGCAUGGCCAUGGCGGGCACCAUGGAGCAGCAGCGUGCGGCGGGGAACAGUUCCGCGGCGCUGCCCAAGGCAUCCCACAUGAAGGUGGGCGGUGGAGGAGCAGCGGCAGGAGGCUCCGCGGAUCGCGACACCAACGAGAUUCUCUUCAGCGAUGAGUCCUCGCACGGGCUCUUUGUGGUGGCCAAGGAGCAGAACGACACGCUGAACCACAUUGCAGCUGGCACCAAGCCCACGGUGCGUGGCAAGGCCACAUCCAUGGAGGAGCAGGACGACGAUGAGGAGGACGAUGAGCUGAAGCCGUACGUUUAUUUCGGUGCCAAGUUGCCGCCAAUACGACCCGCUGGACUCACCAUCAAGGCAGCCGAAGGCGACGACGAGCAUCCGCGUGUGCUGGAAGUUUCAGUGGCUCAAAGCACCACCCCCAGCCCCACCAGCAGACCCACGGUGUCCACCCGACGUCCGCUGACCGCAGUGGAGCGCAGUCGCAGCCGCUACAAAUAUCACAUGCGGGAACGUGGCAUAGCCGCAGCGGUUGACCCACCACCACCUGCAGCUGCUGCUGUGGUUGCAGCGCCAGUGAGUCGCACGCGUUAUGUGGGCUCGGGGCGACCCACAGCGGGACUGCAGACAGAAACGGAGCUGGCCAAGGGAGCUCCGGUGCGCAGGGUGGUGCCAGUCAAGGUGGUGCCGCCCGCUUCCUCCUCCUCAACGCCGCUCAUUAUUACAGUGCUGAGCGCGGAGGAGGAUACAACGAUGGGGCAGGCAGAAGUGCAAACAGAGGCAACCACCAGCAGCACCACCACAAGCACCACCACAGCCAAGCCCACAACCACCACUCAGGCACCCAGCACCACAACCAGAAGAACAAGCACAAAAGCAACCACCACUACAACAGCAAAGACAACAACAACCAGCAGCACCACAAGCAGCACUCCCAGCACCACAACGAGCACCACAAGCAUCCCAACCAUCUCAACCACGCCCAAGCGCAAGAGCAUCAUCGAGAAGGACACGGAGCUGAUACGCGCCUUGGGUCCCGCACUCACACAAGAGAUCAACAUUGAGGAUCAAAAUAAUUUGAUAAUCUUCUGCAACAACACCUCCGAUUGUGGUGUCACGCCACGCACCACACACCACACACAGCUGGCGCACACCACGGACUCCAGUCCGAAGAUUCUGCGCACCACAGUGCUGACUUCGGUGCGUUCCACAGUGCAUCCGUGGACAACCACCAGCAGCAGCAGCACCACCUCACCAGCAGCAGCGGAAACUCUUCCCGCUAAUGUGUACAUUGGUGUGGUGGAAUCCUCAUCCUCUGCCACACCGCAGCUGGACAUAAGCUCCACAAUUGUGAUUUCCAAUGAGCGGGAUGUGGAUCUGGAGCUGCGGCGCAUGAAUCUCGUCACGCUGGUGCUGGUGGCGGUGGGCGUCAUACCCCUGGCAGCCAUCAUCCUCUACCUGGUGCGCAAUUAUGUGGUGCGACGCAGGGCCAAGAAGCAUGGCGAGGUCUUUGAUGUGUGCAUCACGGACCAGCAGCCCAUUAGUCCGGUGAAGAAGGUGGACUCCAAGUACCAGCUGGACGAGGAGGAGGACGAGGUGGAUCAUCAUCAUCAGCACCACCAACAACAGCAGCAGCAGCAGCAGCAACACCAUCAUCAGGUGCAACAUCAGGCCAUGCCAUUGCGGGAUGCCAAUCACAAUCGCUACUCGAUGGAUGACAAGACAUCGCUGGCCAGCGAGUAUCAGGACUUUGAGCGCAGCAACAUACGCCUGAAGAGCCUGCUCGGCGAGGGCAACUUUGGACAGGUGUGGAAAGCGGAGGCGGAUGAUCUCAGCGGCCACUUUGGCGCCACACGCAUUGUGGCCGUCAAGACAAUACGCGCCUGCAGCGCCCAGGUGAGCCUCAAGGAUGAGGCAAACAUUAUGCGGAAACUCGGCUCCCAUCAGAAUGUGGUGACACUGCUGGGCGCCUGCGUGGAGAGUGAACCCCACAUGCUGAUCAUGGAGUAUGCCAUGCGUGGCCGUCUGCUGUCGCUCUUGAGAGCUGCGCGCAGUGCGACAAAUAUUCUGCCCGCCUCUGUGCCUGGGGGACGCAGCUUGGCGCCACUGUCGCCGCGCACACUGGCGGGCUUUGCGCUGGACAUUGCCUGCGGCAUGGAGUACAUAGCAGGGCGUAGGAUUGUUCAUCGCGACUUGGCCGCUCGCAAUGUGCUCCUCGAUCACAAUGGCAUGUGCAAGAUUUGUGAUUUUGGCAUGUCCAUUGAUCUGGAUGCGGAGCGCAUGCGCAAGGAGCAGGAGAAGAAUGCUGCGAAUGAUAUACUCCGCAGCAAUGCGUUGAAAUUUAAGUUUGAUUUUGGCAGUCGCUACAUUCUGCAGCACUGGCAGCACACCUUUGGCAACACGGGGCACCACCAGGGGCAGCAUGGCCACUGCUCGAAGGAGCAUCAGUCGGAGAAGAAGUCCUCGCAUGGCCAUGACACAAUUGGCAAGCGGCACGCGCUGCCCAUACGCUGGAUGGCGCCCGAGAGUCUCCAGUAUCACAUGUUCACCACCGAAACGGACAUUUGGGCCUUUGGCAUUGUCCUCUGGGAGAUUGCCACUUUGGGUUCCACGCCGUACUCCCAGCAAACGGGCCGCGAAGUGAUACGCCGCGUGCCUCAGGGUCUGCGUCCCGAGCUGCCCAAGGAGAGCCGCCACGAGUUCUACAAUUUAAUGUCCCGCUGCUGGCACAAGGAUCCACACAUGCGACCCUCAUUCGCACAGUCCCGGCUGGAGAUCACCCGAUCGCUGCACAAAUGGGUGGACGAUGAUUCGGCUGCCUCCGACUACAUGGAUGUGAGCGGCUUCAGUGAGGAUCUCGAGCAUGGUGUGGUGUACUUUAAUCAUCGCAUAUCGGAGUUUGAAUGUGAAAUAUGACGCUGACUGAAAGCAUACCCCCAACUAUCCCUCCUCCUACACUGUAUUCCCACCAUCAAAAUCUCGACUCUCUCUGCACUCUUGAUACGAAAUUCUGUUAACUUUUGGCGUGCUUGUCCGAGCAGUAUUAUUGUUGUAUUUUAUGCGUAUAUAUUUAAAUAUUUUAACACAUCUAUUUUCCCCCCAUUUCCACUGCAGGGAGAGAGUUUCCUUUUCUUUCAUUGUAAAUAUUUAUGCGAUUAAUUUAAUGAAUGGCGCUGCUAUCCCUAGGCCUAGACUUAGUUCUUCUAGUCUGUAUCUAAAACAUUUUCCCAUCUUCACGUUGAGCUAUUGUUAGACUGCACCCCACGAGAGGACAAAAA